AUGCCGACAACGACCACCUGGGUAGAACCCACUUCCACCUCCGCUACCACUUCCGCUUCUGUACCCGCCAACCACCGCUCAGAAAUCCUCGAGCUGGAUACUGCCACUGGCGACGACCCCUGGGGAGAAGGACAGUCCCGGUCCCAAUCCCAGUCCAGCCUUCCCCCGACGGACCACGGCGCCGCAGCAUGGCGGCUCUUACUCGCGGCCUUCGUCUUUGAAGCCCUCCUCUGGGGCUUCCCUUUAUCCUUUGGCGUGUUUCAGGACUACUACUCGGCUCUCCCCGAGUUCAAGGGUGACCGCUUCACGUCGGUGAUCGGCACGACGGCUUCGGGGAUCUCGUACCUCGGCGCGCCGCUGGCCGUGCCCCUGAUACGGCGGUGGUCGCGGUACAGGACGCAGAUGAUCCUCGUAGGCUGGCCGCUGUGCAUUGUGGGACUCGUGGCGGGCAGUUUUGCGGAUCGGCUGCCCACAUUGAUUCUGACGCAGGGAGUCAUGUACGGCGUUGGGUUCAUUAUCUUUUAUUACCCCAUCUUGACGAUGGUGGAUGAGUUCUGGGUGACCAGGCGGGGGAUGGCGUAUGGUGUUUUGUGCGCGGCGUCCGGGGCUUCGGGCGCCGUGAUGCCUUUGAUUCUCCAGGCGAUGUUGGGUAGGUUCGGGUACCGCACGACGCUGCGGGCUGUGGCUGUUGCGUUGGUCGUCUUGACGGGGCCAUUGGUGCCGUUUCUGAGGGGUCGCUUGGGAGUACACGCCAACACGAGUCUCAGGACGGAUUGGAAGUUUCUUGGGAAGCCGUUGUUCUGGAUUUACAGCGUGAGUAAUUUGUUGAUGGGGUUGGGGUACUUCUUCCCGUCUCUCUAUCUGCCGUCGUAUGCGACCACUAUCGGAUUAAGUGUAUCGAAGGGAGCGUUACUACUGACGAUCAUGAGCGUGUCGCAAGUCGCGGGACAGUUCACGUUCGGCUACCUCUCGGACAAGAAACUGUCGUUGAACGCACUGAUGACGGUCUCCCUCUCGGUUGCAGGGGCCGCGACGUUCGGGGCCUGGGGUCCUGCCCGCUCAUUACCGCCGCUCAUCAUCUUUGCACUUCUAUAUGGUUUCUUUGGCGCGGGAUAUACGGCCAUGUGGGCGAGGAUGGUGACUGCGAUCGACGACGAGCCUUCCGCCUCCCAAGCAAUGUUCAGCCUGUUCUGCUUCGGAAAGGGCGUCGGGAACGUCCUGGCUGGGCCGAUCAGCGCGGAUCUGUUGAAGCUAUCUUCGGACACGGCUGGUUAUGCGCACGGAAUGUACAAAGCGGUCGUCGUCUUUGCGGGAAUUUGUCUGCUUCUCAGCGCUGGCACUUUGGCGGCAACCAAAUUGCCGACCAAAGGGCGUAGCUGA